AUGGCGUUCCUAUCCCCGAACACGAUCUUGAACCACCAAAAUUUGCAAGAAAAGCCGAAUGCUCUCAUUAAUUCCAAAACUGAAGAUGAUCAACCAAUUUUAGAAAAUGUUUUUCAUUUGCUUGAGCAUAAUGGUUCAACACAUUUGGACAAAUUUGUUUUAACUUUACUUGGCUGGUGUGAAGAAUCGAGCCUUGACACUCUUCUUAAUUUACUUGUGCGCCAAGCUAACAAACAACAAAAGAAAUGGGAUGAAGAAGUCCAUUAUUUAAUUCAACGAUUUGUCCGUUCAGUUAUUCGUCUUUUUGUUAUGGUCAUUUUGCUUUCACCAGAGGCUAAUGGAACUUUACUUGCAACAAUUUUUGAUGAUAUUAACAAAGCAAUCCCAGCACCCGAUGCUCCAAGCUUAAUUUAUCCACUUCCUAAUCAGUCAAAUGCUUCACAACCUGGCACUUCUACUUCUGCUGUUGCUGCAAUACGUGAUUCUUUGAACAAUUACAGAGCUGCUGCCAUCUCUGGUGUACUUUCACUAGUUCGUGCUAGUCUACCUGCCGCUCUUUCACUCAAUUCAUCACUUGAGAAAAAGGAUCAAAAGAAGCAUAAAGUUAUUGCUUUUGUAGCAAAAUGUCGACGAGUGUUUCAGUUAUUCGUUGCUGGAGUUGAUUGGAAUCACUGAUGCAUUAAUUUCUCCAAUUCGUCUUGGAAUCGUUAAACCUUCAGCCAGCAUUGUAUCAAAUGAAGAUGUUUUGGAAGUUU